ACAGUAAUAUUUUAAAUAUUGUUAUCAAAAAAUGUAACCUGUCUUGUUCUUGGAUUUUAAUUCAAACAAUUAGAAUUUUUAUUCCAAAAAUAUAAAAACGAUGCCGUAUAAACUGAAUAUAAUCCGUAAAUUUUCUAAAAUAUCCAAUCAAAACAAAUGGAAAAGUGUGGUAGGUUUAGAAGUUCACGCACAAAUCAAUUCUAAAACUAAACUAUUUUCGGGCUCUGGUACGAAGUUUUCAUCCCCCGUAAACACCAAUGUUUCCUUGUUCGACUGUUCAACACCUGGAACUCUCCCCGUGUUGAAUAAGAAAUGCGUGGAAGCAGGUGUACUAACAGCCUUGGCUUUAAAUUGUCACUUGAAUCCAGUAUCGUUCUUCGACAGGAAACAUUACUUCUAUGCUGAUUUACCUACAGGUUACCAGAUAACCCAGCAAAGAGCUCCUCUGGCUAUAGAUGGACAAAUGUCUUUCCAAGUAUUCACUCCAGGCAUCCACAAAACCCCCUACGUAGCUAGUGUAAAAAUUAAACAGUUGCAGUUAGAGCAAGACAGUGGCAAGAGUUUACAUGACAUAGAUAGAAGCCUGGUGGACCUGAACAGAGCUGGAAUUCCGUUGAUGGAACUUGUUUUUGACCCUGAUUUGAAAGACGGAGAAGAAGCAGCAGCAUUAGUAAAGGAGCUUGUAUUAAUCUUACAGAGAAUCGAGACUUGCUCAUGCAAAAUGGAAGAGGGAGCUCUAAGAGUGGAUGCGAACGUAUCGAUUCACAGAGAAUCUGAACCGCUGGGUGUAAGAACCGAGGUAAAAAAUAUUGGUUCAGUCAGGGGGGUAGCGGGGGCUAUUGACUAUGAGAUAAAGAGGCAAAUCAAGGUCAGGGAAUCUGGGAAACCCAUAGUUAACGAAACCAGGUCGUGGGAUCCAUCUACGAAGACAACUGUGGCAAUGCGAGAUAAAGAAGUGCUACAGGAUUACAGGUACAUGCCAGAGCCCAAUUUGCCUCCUCUCCACAUAGCAAUGGGCCCCAUUGAAAUUGGAUGUGUUAAUGCAGAUAAACUGAAAGAAACAAUUCCAGAGCUUCCCGCAGAAACGAGACAGAAAUUGAGGAAUGAAGGUGGUCUCACCAUGGAACAAUCCAUGAUAUUAGUUAAUGACGAUCCUCUGCUGAAAAUUUUCCAGAAAAUUGUGAGUAGUCGAACUGUGAAUCAGAAAUCGUUGGCCAACUUCCUGAUCAAUGAUUUAAAUAUGCUGUUGAACAAAAUGGAAAUGGAUUCUAGAGAAGUGCAAAAAUCUGCAGAUUACAUUGGUGAAAUUUUCGACAUGUUGGACAGCCAAAAUAUCAAUAGAAACGCUUCGAAAUUAUUACUGCAAGAGAUACUAGCAGGAAAUACAGAUAAACCCAGUCAGAUUGUGCGGGACAGAGAUUUGUUGCAGAUGAAUGAUGAAGGAGAGUUGGAAAAACUUUGUGAGGAAAUAAUCCAAGAAAAUGAGAAGAUAGUUGGUCUUUAUAAAUCAGGAAAGACGAAGGUCUUCAAAGCACUGAUGAGUAAUUUAGAGAAAAAAAGUGGAAAUAAAGCCAAUAUGGCAAAGUGUGCUGCAAUUCUUGCAAAGAUGUUGAAGACAUAAUAUUGAAA